AUGUCGUCCGAUAUCGACAUCAUCGAGUUGGACAGCGACGCAGCCCAGCCAGUGGCCUCGAGCAGGGAGCCGAUCAUUAUCCGAGGAGUUGGCCAUCUCACAAUGUUUGGUUUGAGUUCUCGAUUUGACACCGAUUUUCCGGCAGUUUUGACGGGCCGCCUGGCUCCCGAAGAGCUGGCCGAUACGAUGCGUAGGAUCAAUGGUAAAUUGGCGAAGAGCAUGCCGGGCAACGUCCGUUGGCUUAUUUGUGGGCUGCUUUUUUGCUGUUGCACCGCUGGUUGCUCGCUGUGGCCGGUUAUCUGUCUGAAUAAACGAGUAAGUUAA